AUGACAUCGGAAAAGAUGCCGCUCAUGCUGGACAACCCCAUGCCAGUCGACAUCAAUGACGUUGAUGAUCUGUUUGGCGAUGGCGUUGGCCUUUCUCUGUCAGGUCGGGUCCAGAGCAAGCAGCUUCAGCAACGGAUGGACGAUAUCAGGAUUCGAGGCUGUUGCCAAGCAGUUGCAUGGUCAAGGACAGGCUCAAUUGCUAACAUCACCCCCGAUGGCCAGAAUGUCGAGCUUCGCUAUUUACGAAGAUCCCCAGAAGAUGGCUCGUGGGAUCUGAGCGAGCCUACCACUUGCCCUUUUGUCAAGGGCACUCCAACAGUUCCCAUAGUUCAUUUGCUAUGGGCCGGUACGAGUAGCCCGGACCUGGCUGUGAUUGAUGCUGCUGGUCGCGUCACUAUCGUUAGCUUUUCGAUUUCACUCAACCAUCCUUUUCCUCAAAGAAAAUGGGAUGCGGAUCCAACUGACGAUGUCCAUACCGUCGUCGGUUCAUACUGGCUCACUGUUGCGCCUAAUAAUCAGCAGCCUUAUCAUGUCAUGUAUGGGCCGGCCAACAAACAAGGCAAUGGAUACACAUACGAAAAUUCCUUCGUUCACCAUGGGGGGCCAUCUCAUCCUACCGCGGCCAAGAGUGCUCUACUGACUAUCACCACGCAUGGUGUUCUGAGGAUGUUUUGGUCGCAGGCAAACGGUCGAAUUGAAGAAACGACUAUAGAGCUUGAAAGUAUCAGCGCGUCCGAUGAGCUUAUCACACAUGCAGCUUUUACAUCUGAAAAGAAAUAUUUGCUUCUUGCCCUUGCCACGACUGCAAAACAGCUGAGGCUCGUUAAGAUUGAGAUUCAAUGGGGCCAAACAGCUCAGCCGGACAAAGCUCCCGGGAGGGUCCCAGGAACUCUGAGUCCGUCUCUAGUCGAGAAACACUUGGCUACAGCAAACUGGCUUCAGGGUGGACCUGGUGAUUCUAGUCUCGACACAUCCAUGAUCGAGCUCUCUCACCUGGAAGUACUUCCUUCUAUCCUAGAUAAUACUGGAAAGAAUCCCUCAGCACCCAUGGUUGUCACAGUGAGGUCGCGUACUCCCAAUGAAGGGUCAUAUCAGGUUGCACAGACUGUUUUUGAUCGAUGGGAGGUUAUUGAGCAAAAGCAAGGCUUAUCGUCAGCUUGGGAGCAGCUUGGAAGCCGACGAAAUAGCAUUUCCUCAGAACUACCUCCCGUGACGCAAAUGCGCAAAAUUGCCAACAUCACAUCCAACAAGGUUGUCAUUGCAUUCCAUACCCUCAAUUUUGGAAAGACUCUGGUCCUGGCUUUCGCAGAUGGUUCAGUAGAGUACCGCGAUCGACUGACGUUCGAUGAGAUGUACACAACUCAAGAACUAGACAAAAUUAUGAACCUUCGACAAGUUGGCUGGACAUUUGCAGAUGAGGGUCCAUGCCAACAGAUCGCUUUCUCACCCACUCAUUGCUCACUGGUGCAAAUGGGCGAAGAUGGCAAAAUGAAAUGGAACAGGUUACACUACCCUCACGGCGAUAUUGGAAACUCGAUGCAAGACGCUCACUAUGUUGGAAGCAUUGCUGCGUUGUCCGUCACUGCUGCGCCAGCGAUGUUUUACCAAAAUAACUAUGAUGAUAUACUUGCCAUUGUUAGGCCUUAUACAUCAAAGAAGAGAUUCGUCCAAGACUGGGUCACCGAGUUGAUAAGAAUACUUAAAAUCCAGGUCGACUACUCAGAAGAUACUCAUCAUGAUGCGCUUGUACGAAAUGGCUCUUUGCAGUACUGCCUAAGCAUCAUGAACGCUCUCGGGUUCCGUGGAGACUUCAGCCCUCGAUCCUUCCAGGGCAAGUUCUCGAUGCUCUUUUUGAACGUCCGAAACGUGGUCGUCCUUAUUACUAUAGCCAGCAACACACCUGUUACGGUCAGGGAAAAGCUUAGUCCUUUGGAUGAACCUGAGGUUAUGGGCACACUCGUUGGUUGUGCAAAAUGGGCACUUGAUCUGAUCGCCUGGCUCAUGGACUCUCUCUUUGAACUCAUGAACGACAGCCAUUUCCAAGAACUGUUGACUCGGGAACGCUUUGCAGAGGUUGCUCCUUAUCUUCACAAGAAAAACAAUGUUGCUCUUCAUUUCAUCAUGAGCUCAUCCAGCCGAGGAUUCCUUUCAGCAGUGUGCCGUAGACUGGCACAUUUGGAAGGCUUGAGUGGCCGGGCCAUCGAAUUUUACAGAAGACAAUCAGCUGUCGUUGAGGGAACCGGUGGUGGCAGAGCAGCCCCACAACUACAACAGGCUUACCAGGCAAUGCAGCAGGUAACUUCUUCGGCGCUUGUCAAAGUGUCGGAAGUCGAAAGUCUUCUCACCGAGCUCAGCAAGGAGAUCCGACAAGCCUAUCAGAUCUUCCUCCCUAGUUUUGUCAAGAGUCAAGCAAACCCACCACAGGGAAAGGCAAUUGACGUGGCAAUAAGGUCGGCCCGUGUGCAGAUAGAACUUGCCAUGCUUCUAUCAUCAACACCCCCUCCAGCAUUCCUCCAGAUCAUCAAAAAGUUCUUCACUACAGACCUUCCGGCGUUUCGAAAUGCUAUAGAUCCGGGCCGACUAUUCUUUGCAGAUUACGAUCUUCUCGAGGUUCAGGAUGACGAGCACAGCUUAGCGGCUAAGAAAGCGCGGGGUAUGGUGUACGUGGAUGUAUUCAAACGGAUGCAGAUCAGACCCUCUUCCGAGAAGCACUGGAGACGAUGUUCGAGGUGUACUGCUGUGAUGGAAGACAUUUUUGGGACCAGGCCUGGAUUUUCGUUUGUCCUGGCGCAGCAGCGCAAGUGCUCUUGUGGAGGACAGUGGACGUUACUUCCCAAGGGGCAUGUUGCUUGA